AUGAUCGAGUGCGAGGAAUACUGCCAUGCGAGCGACCUGAAGAAAGAGCGGCUUUACUUCGCAACCGGCUACGGGCUCAUUCAGUGCGUCAAGGCGCUGAUGUCGUACGAGGAUGAGGACCUCCUCGCAGGCAUCCAGCACACCAAGCAUGGAAACCACAUCGCGCAGUUGCAUAGGAAGAAGCAGCCGUAUCGCAUCUCCCGCCUCGCGGGCCUCGUUCUUCCAUCCUUCAGCACCUCAGGUGUGGACUGGAUCAGGUCAAUGACUCCGGUCGAGCGUCAUGCCGAGCUCACGUACGCGGAGAGCUUGUUUGAGAAGGCCAUCCUCGGUAUCGUGUACUCUGGUGACUGGUUGGCGCUGGUGACGGAGAUCCUCAACAUGCGUAGCCUCUUCAACAUAUAUCGUCAACUCGGCAGAUAUAUCGACGCUGAAGACGCUGGAGGUCACAGCAACGUAAUUGACGUGCACUUCCGCUCGGGGGUCUACCUUGGUGUCGGGCUAUCGCACUUGAUUCUGUCGUUGAUGCCCUCCAAAAUCCUCAGCAUCGUCGAGCUCUUCGGAUACCACGGCGACCGCCAGUAUGGACUCGACCUUCUACAGAAGGCGGGCGGCUGGCAGAAGGGAAAUAAGGAACCGGGUGUUGAUGCUGCGUCCGAAGGUGUCCGCCGUCCGAUAUGCGACAUGGCGCUGCUCAUCUUCCAUCUCGUUGCCUCGAGUGUCACCUUCGACGGUGUUGACGUGAAAAUGGCGGAGAAUAUACUGGAGUGGAACCUGAAGCGGUAUCCAAAUGGCGUCUUCUUUCUCUUUGGUGCAGGUCGCCUGGCGCUCAUCCACUCGCAGCCGAGACGAGCGAUAGACUACUACACACGCGCGAUGGAAGCGCAGAAGCAGUAUCGCAACCUUCACCACAUCUCCCACUGGGAGAUCGCGCUCGCGCACCUCUCGCUGUGGGACCUUGACGCCAGCCUAAAGUACUGGGAGCUACUGGAGGCUGAAGCGACGUGGUCGAAAGCGAUUUAUUCCUACGGUCUGGCAGUAUGCUUGCUGGAAAGCGCGGACGCCCUGGAAGCGCAAGUAAAGGAAGAGAGUGACGCUACUGCUGCAUCCAAGGAAGAACCCGCCGCGCGCCGCGAACGUGCGAUGGUGUUGAUGGCCAAAGUACCUGGGCUGCGGCAGAGAAUAGCCGGCAAGUCUAUACCAUUGGAGAAACUCGUCGCCCGCAAAGCACGCCGAUACGCUCACGAUACUCGCCAUCGUCCAGUACUCUCCGCUCUCGAGCUUGCCUACCUCUUCCUCGGCAUAGCGCAUGCGCCACGGGAAGUGCUGGUCAGGAAGAUGUUGCCGGAGGUCUGGGCUGCGGAGAGGAAAUUGGGACUUGACAGCAUAAUGGCGACGGAGAAGGCCAAAGAGGUAGGUCUUGAGACAGCAAAUUCGUCCUCCGAUCUGGAGGACCGCGCGCGAGAGUACGGCAAGGGCUACUGGGACGAUGUCGUGCUCGCACGGUUCUUGGAGGGUGUGUGCUUGCGAUACGUUGCAUAUCCGGAUCCCGACGCCAUCGUCGAGGAUGUCGCGCCAGACAAUGACGUCCCGAACGCUGCAGAGAAGGCCCGUGCUGCGUUCGCGGACGUCUUCAAGUACGGUCCGCGGAUCGAGCUGGAUCAUCAUCUGGUUUAUCAUGCGCACUACGAGCUCGGGCGGUUACUAGCUUGCAUGGGAGAUAUAAAUGGUGCACGCACGCAGUUUGAUCUUGUGCUGAGCGGACGGCACCUCGAAGUGAAUGCGGCAGGUCGAAAGGGCCGAUACAGCAUGGAGAAGGCGUUGAUGAUGCGGACGCAUGCUGCGAUGGAGGCGUUGGACAAGCAGAGGCUCUGAUCGUCGGACAAGUAGAGGCUGUAAUAUCGCGAGUUUCCCUCAAGUGACAUUGAUGACGGACGACUGAGACGGGCAGCUCACACGACUACUGGCGGCUAAGAUCUCUAUUAUGACCCGGGCAAGGCGCCGAAAGCUGUAUCGUA